UGCUCUUAAAAUAUCUAUUUCAUUGCCCUAGUAACGCUGAUUGAAUGUGUCAAAUUGUUGAUUUUCAUUUUACAAAGAAAUGUUUAACCGUUCUGACUUUGGUCAUACCAAAUGUGACCUUCUAACAGGCCGCGAAGAUGACGAUAUAAUCAACUACUCCAUUGAAGGUGGUAUUUUUAUCAAAUUGAGAAGAUGGUGCAGUAGACAAAGAAUUUUGUAUCCUGAACAUCCUCGGGCGCAAAAGAAUUAUCGAUCAGAUGCAGCCAAGAAGAAUGAACAAGCAAGACAGCUAGCAAGAUAUCCUUUUACGAUUCAUCCUUACAGCAAAUUUAAUCUAGUUUGGGAGUAUGUCAUGUGUUUUGUGUAUUUUUAUAUGAUAUUUGUGUACAGCUUGAAUUCCCUCUUCCUGAACGAUUAUGAAAAUUAUUUUAAUGUGAAUAUAGCCAAGUGUGUAGGAGAUGCUUUCUUUUUUGUGGAUUUGAUCCAACUAUUUUUUGAAGGUUACUAUGAUCCUAUAAAAUCUAAGAGUGUACUCGACCUUUAUACCAUAUUUUGGAAAUAUUUAAAGACAUAUUUUGUAGUUGAUUUUCUCUCGUUAAUCCCUUCUGUUUGUUUUUUAACUGCACGUGUCAUGGACUUACCAAUUUAUAAACAAGAGAUUUUUUUGGAUAUAGCUACUUUUGCGGGAAUGCUAAGAUUUUUAAGAAUUAAUCGAUUUUUGGAAGCGAUAGAACUUAUUAAAGAAACUCAGGAAUAUUCUGAUCAUACAUUUAAAGCUCUCAAGGCCAUUUUACUUUACGUUUUGACAAUGCUAUUCUUACAUUCUGUCUUAUUUGUUGUUAAUCACAAUAUCGAUUACUAUCUUAAUGUAAAAAAGGAAUCAAAUGUUGCAAAGGAUUAUUUAUCAGCUUCUUUGAUUUUGUGUUUGGUUACGCACGGUUUAAAGCCAUUACACAACAUUACUGUGCAUAUGACGAUAAUCGUAAGUUUCCUUUUAGCAUUCGUUGUCAGUUUAUUCUUGCAUGUAGAGUGCUUUCAAGUUUGGAACAAAUUUUACAGCGCUAAAAGAAAGUACGAUGAAUUAAUGCAGCAAAUUAAGCAGUACAUGACGUAUAAAGUUUUGCCGGUUAAUAUUAAAGAAAAAAUUUGGUUGUACUUCAAGUUUAAAUAUCAAAAUAAGUUCUUCAAUGAAGCAGAAAUUAAUUCAGUUUUAUCGAAUGCUAUAAAGGAGGAAGUAAUGAUGAACAUUGCUGAGAAGAAUUUAGCUCAGACGGCUUUUUUAAAAUCGCUACCUCGAUUGGUCCUUUGCAAAGUUGUUGCUAAUUUGAUAUCAGAAAUAUAUCUGCCUGAUGAUGUGAUAAUCGUAGCUGGAGAUCAUGCCGAUAGUAUGUAUUUUAUUUAUUACGGCACCGUUGCUGUAUAUAAUGAGCACAACAAAGAAGUAUGUCAUUUGAAGGACGGAGAUUAUUUUGGAGAUGUAGACAUGUAUUUUGAGGGUAAAAGAACUCAUUCUGUCGUUGCUAUUACUCCCUGUGAGGUAUUUAUGUUAAAAAAAUCCACGAUUUUGCUUAUUUUAGAUGAUUAUCCCAAACUUAGAAGAAAAUUUAAGAACUUCUCUCGAGAAAACUUAACAGAAUAUUCGGCAUCCAAAUAUCCUUAUAUUGAAUUAUAAAGUUGCUGAUGAGAAUAUUAAAUUAUGUUCUCCGCCAUUCUUUCGCAUUCUUUUUGCGAGAUAUACAUCAUUUUUAUUUCCCUAUCUUUCAUUUCUUUAUCAUACAAUGUUCUAUCAAAAUCGGUUCAAAUGAAACGCGUGGCUUCUAAAUAUAGUUAAUAGUAUCUGAAACUAUUAGAACAUUGUUUUUGUAAAAAAGAAUGUUCGUUUCAUAAUUUAUCUGCUUACAUUUUUAAUAAAUAUAUUUAUGUUUUGAUAUUUUUUGCCUGUGUAAAGUAUAUGUAUUAAAUGUUUGUUAAUAAAUAAAAAU